CCCUAGGCGGCCAUCAUCAUAGCCGACGCCAUUAGCGUCUGAAUCCGCUGAAAAAGCACUAUGAUGAGAUGAUCAGAAGAAGAACCAAGAUCGACAAUCAUACAUACAUGGCUGCUUCUUCAAUCUCCAAUUUCUUUUCUCUCUUCACCUCGUUAGCAUCGCCGCCCGUGAAACCUCUGUUACCUCACUUUUCCUUCUUCUCUCCGAUUCAAUCGAGUGAGAAACCUGACUUAAUAACCCCCCUGCGUGUAACCCACAAACCCAAUUAUGUGAAUUCCAUGUCGGUCGCGUUCCCAUCUCUCGCCAAUGCCAAUUUGAUGUUUUUCAAGUCUGGAUAUAACGUACAGAUCAUAGUUAGGGAAAAUGAUUCGGAAGAGAAGAUUGUAGGUCAGUUUAAAAGGGAGGUAAUGAAGGCUGGGAUCAUUCAGGAAAGCAAACGCAGGAUGUUCUUUGAGAACAAGCAGGAUGAGAGGAAGCGCAGGACUCGCGAUGCUGCUAAACGCAAUCGCCGGAGACGGCCUCAACAAAGAAUUGCAUUACAAGAUAAGCAGGAGGAGGAGGAGACCUCAAAGAGUAAGAAGAAACAGCAAGAGGAUGAAGAUAACUGGGAACUUCCCUGAAGAGAAUGUCUGCCCAUAUUGAUGACUGUUUCAGGAUUUAUCUAGUUUGGAUUCCUGCAAUACAUAUGUGUGUAAGUUUCCCUUCUUGAAUGGAUCUUGUUUUUCACUGAUUACUAUUCAACUUUCUUUUGUUCAAACAUGGUGUCUAACUUUGACUGUAAUAAUGCAACUUUGGUUAGUGAAGAUCUGGGAAUAGGAUAUGAUUGAAAAGAAUGGAAAACAAUUUGAAUGAUUUUUUCUUUUGAG